GCUCUUAUUGGUCUGAGAACACAAUAUAUAGAGGGCAUCAAGCGUCUACUUUUACGGAUUGGUUAGUUCAAACUAAAGAUUGGCAAACCAGGAAAAUACCAAGCCUUAAACCAUCAACUGUUUCUGAAUGGUCGAAUAAAACGACAGAUAUGCAAACUAUGAUAACUUCCAGUACGUACCUAGCAGAACGUCAUGAUGAAUAUAAUAAUGUUAACCAGCAUGAUGUCACCUGGUUAGCUGUAAGCUGUUCACUGAUUGGAUCCUUAGCAACACUCUUUCUAAUUGGGUGUUUUCUAUACUUCCGUUCUCGGCGGAAACUUAAGAAGAAUGCUUCAAAAGGAAUUCAGAGAAUUUUAUUUUCCCCUUUAGAACCAGACAGGAACUUACAGCAUCAUCCCCAAGAAGGACACCUUGAACUUUCCACGCUCAUCCCAACACAACAAUGUCAAGAUGACGAUCCAUAUACAGAAAUACGGUAUUCCCAAAUCGGCAGUGCAUAUGCAGAAACAGGCAUGAAUAAAAAUGAAGAAUGCAAUAAAAAAUUCAAACAACCUAGUCAUGAUACAAGAAAUACAAACUUGUUUGAAAAAUGUUCAUUUGAAACAGAAUAUGAUCACCUUAAUCAUAAAAAGAACUCAAGCAUUCCUGGGAUGUUACUUAAGGAGGGCAGAAUUGUAUGUAGUGACCUUCAGGAAUAUGCUGAUCUCUCUGUUGAAGGUCGGUUACAACAAAAAAUCCCUAUUUAUAAUGGUACAUGUAGUUCCAAAUCUUUGACUUUUCCACGCAAUUUGAAGAGGGUGAGUGAAAACAAUCAAUUAAAGACACACUCAUACAGCCUAUGUCUUGAAGUUUUGGAAAAUCAGUUAAAGGUUGAUCAAGAUAAAACAGACUUAGAAGAAAACUGUGUGGUAAAAAACCAUCCUGAUAAUCUGUUGACUGCAUCUGAUCCCAACGUUAAGGAGGAAGCUCGACCUUAUAGUUUUGUUCAUUCGUUGUUAAAUAACGAUUUGAGUUCAGAAGAUGUGAAAACAAGUACUGCAGUAUUCAGUAUUAUUGCACCGGAUGGUAAGGAAGACUUAGAAAAAGAAGACCCAAGACGUUUGAUUAACAGACCAUACAGUUAUGUUAAGAAAUCAUGAGGAGCAAGUCACACAUAACUCAAAGAAAAAGCAUGUAAUUGUUAAUUUUUCAUAACGAAGAUAUUAAUAUAACAUAGAU